AUGGCUUCGGCAGGCGCGAACCCCUUCAAAUCUCCCAAAACGCCUCGGCGAACCAAAACUCCCGAGUCUCGUCAAGUGCAUUUCGAGCCUGAGGCUAAACCGGCAGUCACUGCUCCUUCAUCCUCAUCGACUGGUGGCUUCAAUACCGAUCGCAUCACGGGAUACACUACAGCCAAUUCUCCUAGCGGUGGCUUCAGUGCUGGAGUCAACGGCGUCUCUGCUCCCAAGACCCCUCCUGGAAUCAAAAUCGCUGCUCCAGCUACUUCUUCUACCUCUGCCUCUACUUCUGCCCCCGAGAAAAAGGUAGAGACUCAGCCUACAAACUUCCCCGCUCUUGGAUUAGGCGCCAACCAGCUGCAGUGGCAUUACAGUGCCAACCCGACUCAGAGUCUCGGUCACCAGCUGCCGACCAGUUUCAUCUCGCCACCUCCUCAAGCCUUUCAGCAACAAUUCUUCUCCCCUCCUCAAUUUCAUCCUGCUUCCUACAUCAACACAGGACCAAACAACAUCACCCCAUCUCCAUCUCCUACUCCGACUCCCAUCACAUAUAUCGGCGUAGGCCCUCAGUCUCCUGCUCUCAACCUCAACCAAGCCAACACGAUGGGCGACUAUCAGAACGCUGCGCCUCCUGUCCACGGGCUGCACUUCCAGCCGCCCGUGCCUGAUACCACGUUUGGUCCUAUGCAACACAUCUACGUGCCUCGCCAUGAUGGUGGCCUUGCCGGUCUUCAACAGCCAGCUGUCGGUACCAUGGCUCCCCAGCCUAGUGCCUACGGAGGCUAUGUUGUUCAGCAGCAGCAGCAGCCCUACUACGUCCAGCAGCCGACCAUGGGCCAGCAGCCAGUUCUCAUCGCAGGUCAGAUGCCGCAGGUGCAGCAGCAGCAGUUUGUACCGCAGAUGCAGCACGUCCCAGGCGUCCCCGCGGUCGGUCUGGCGGGCGGAACUGCUGUGCCCGGCACGGUCCCCGUCUUUGCAGGUAAUGUCCCUGGUGGUGGUGGUUGUUCUCAACAUAUCCCCGAAGUCAUGGGUGUUGGUCGUACUGCGGGCGAAGAGCAGCUCCGUCAGAUCAAGUUUGCGCAUGCGAACAAACUGCACGAGCCUCAGGACUUUAAGCCCGCUGAUGAUGACCCUUCCCGUUUCUACUAUGUCCGUGAAGUUGACGGGAACUGGACCCAGCGCAACCGAUUUACCAUUGAUCACAUGGGCGAUUCCAAGUGGCGAAGCGUCUCGCGAGCCACGGUGCACGAAAAGCACGAGAGUGGCAGAAGAAGAUAA